CCGAACGACUUGCACGGCUGCAGGAAAAUUUUUCGAUCAAAACCUAAAAACAACAGCCGUUUACCGGCCAAUUUCGCUUGGGAAUCGUCGAAGGAGUUUCGUUGGAAAAGAGGCAAAAUUCGAGUGGAAUCGACGAUAAAAAUGGCCCAGGUUUUGCUUAAAUUUUCAAGAUAGCUCUCCGCUGUAUGUUACUCAGGGAAAACACAGCUGAUCUAGAAGCAUGGAGGGAAAGAAACUCAGGGUUCAGUUCGAGCGGCGAGUCGAUUCAGCUUGGUCUUGGUUGAUUUGCUUCACUUCGUUCAUGAGCCAGUUUAUAGUUCUAGGAACUCACAACUCAUUUGGUUCAUUUUUUGUGGCAUUAUUGCAAGAAUUUCAUCGCAGCGAAGCUGAAACAGGUACGAUUAUGAACACUCAUAUUUUCCCCCCACUUUCACCGCGCGGUUGACGAUAAAAAAUUGAUUUCGUCGACAGGUUGCCAAGACAGGGACUCGCGAAUUUUCUGUUCUCUUUAUUCAUGGUUAAAUUUUGUCGCGACCAAGGAAAAUUGCAAACAGAAAUGAAGGAAAUCAAAUCGAGCAAAAUAAAUUCCCAGCCGCUUCGCUCAAAGCGCGAAAGACAACUUACAUAACUCGAAACUUGAUGAUAGGCCAGGAAACCACGCGAGUGUUGUAAGAUAUGUAUCAGCUUUUCUUGCGCCAAACAGAUAGAUUGACAAAAAUUUAUACAACAUUGUGAUCUCUCAAUAAUUUUUCUUCAAGUUUCUCCAAUAUUAAGUCAUGAGGAGCUUAGUAACGGGAAAUAAAAUUUGUUCUUUCUGUAAAACCGGUUGUACAGCACCGUAAUGAUCUCACUGCCAAUGUGACACGGUCUGUUGACUGUUGUUCCACGCGCGGAAAAAGAAAACCCCUCGAACAGUUCAGGAACGUGCGGUGGGCUCAAAUUUAUCGCUUGCUUGGAGUUUUGGCCUAAAACGUUUUGGUUAACCUGAGUUCAUACACAAAUAAACCAUCGGUUAUCGCUGGUUUUGCGUUGUAGAUUGUCACACAUAUCUUGGUCUCUUGCUAAGUUUAUUUUUUAAUUCACUUAAGUGCGCUCAAUUCUGUAUGAAUACUACCCAAAUCAUGCGACAGGAAAUCCGGAGCUGUUUUCAACAUUAUUCGUCAUCUGCAAGUAACUGACGGAAUGUAUUUUUCUUUACCAACUUGUUUUAUAAUGAGCAGUCUUAAAUUUGUUGUUGUUAUGAUUCGAUGUAAUAAAAAUUGCUUAUAAACAUCUGCAUUGCUUUGCAAAUUGUAUUUUCCGUUCUCGGACUGUAACAUAUUUAUCGAUCGGCUUCAUGAGAAAAGGUCAACCGGUCGGAAUUUUUUUCUCUGUUUGAUUUCCUUUCAAGACGUUUCUUGAAAAACGAGUUUUCUAGUACUACUCGGCAGUUUUUAUUUUUUCACAGGCAUCGCCCAAGAUAUUAGCAGAAAAAUCGCGCAAAAUUCCGCAAACUCGCCAAACAGGGUUUUCUCGGAGAAAAUACUCACCACAAAAAUCAUAAAUAUACAUAACUAAUUUGUUUACAACCGAUGUUUCUAAGAAUUUCGAACCGCCUUCUUAACCUAUCGAUGUAAAAUGUCAUUUUGAGGGAAAACUCUCAUGGCGGUGGUAAACUGCCCGGGGGAUGUUUGGAGCAAUGGAUAGCGGUUCGAAAAUAUUUAUCUGAGGGAACCCUUGUUUUGCAUCACCAAUUUUUUUUCAUGCAAGGGUGCAAAGUCCACAUCUUGUACAAAAGACACGCGUGAAAAACACGUGGGGGGCCAGGGCACUCCUUAUUUGCCUCAUUUGCAUAAGGGUACGUGACGCUGUACAGGGUAUGGCUUUUGGGGUCCUGUGGUUUUCAGGGUAUGCCAUUGUACACGUAUUGUACUAUUUCGCGUUGUGGGAGUGUGACUUACUAAAUUUGGCCAUGUACAGUCUUCAAAUGGUCUCAAGCGUGGUAUUCAUUUUUUUUAUUUAUUCGAUAAUGUCAGCGAAAAAAAGCUCAUUUCUUUUGGGUACGAACCGAACCGAAUAGGGGUCAUGAAAAAAGGCCUUUUGUCUUAAAAAGAGAAGCGAACCCGGGGAGGGCGGAGUAGUGAAAUGAACGGUUUUUGUCUUAAACAGGGACAGGGUGUGAAAGCCUUAUCGGCACUCACCCCACUCACACUUUCAUUAAGUGCCCCCUCCACUUGGGUAACAUUGAUUCUAAAUUUCUAGUCUGUAAGAGAACUUGCCUUUCGAUGCCGUGACCAUCAAGAGAACCUCUUUUACGAUUAUAUCGUGCCCCAUAGAAUCUUCCGGAAGUUUGCAUUACGGUAAUGGAAACGGGAAAUAUUCUUCUAUAGGUGCUGUGGGUGGGCUCUUCAAACCUCUUCAGGCAUUUGUCUUUGGCGUAUUUAAAGGACUAAAAGCCUUUCUUCCCCUGAGCAUAAUUACUUGUAAUUGUAACGAAUUGACGCCGACGGGUUGGGUUGGGGAAGAACAAUAAAAAACCAUCUGAGGGUCUCGAGAAUCUGUGACCCCCUCCCCCCCUGCCAUCUGAAGGUAUUCUUUUAGCGGUGUUUUUUUAAUUGGCGUGAGAAACAACUAAGCGAGAUGUGGAAACAGGCUCUUGUUCAAUUUUUUUCCCAAAACGUUGUCACAUUUAUGAUAAUUAGUUUUGUAUUGAAAAUACAUUUGCGUAUAAAACACGUGGUUAUUCGAUAUUCAUAUGUAAAGCUGUUUGCAUGAAUCUGUAAAUGGAGAUCACUGUAUUUUCGGGAAAGAAAUCCGCGAGCGCGAAAACGCAACGGUCACGCGGGGAAGGAGAUAAGGGAACGCCCAUUUGUUCCCCUUCCUUCCCACUCCCCCCCCCCCCCGGCAGACCUUACCGUCCCCGCGCGCCCAAAUUCCUCUCUCCUCGUCUAUAUCGAUUGCAGGGUAGAAUAAGACGUUUCACCGAUCAAAGUGUUCGUACGGGGGAGGGGGCGGGGGGUGGGAGGAAAUCGGUAAACUAGGUUUUCGAGGAUCAAUAGUGGUUUGGUGGCCUGGCCUGGAGGGGUGACUUUGAACAGGCUGGGGUAACCAUCGAAUGCCUAUUCUGAGUCCGACGACCCGAUACCAAAUCCUGAAUUGUAAUUAUUUUUUUUGUUCUCAUUUACAAACAGCAUGGAUUGGCUCUCUGGCGAUGGGAUUGACGUUUAUGUGUGGACCAAUCGUAACCAUUCUCUGCGACCGAUGGGGAUAUCGAGUUGUCAUGUGCCUUGGUAGUGUUAUUCACAUGGCGGCCAUGUUGAUGACGUCAUUUAUGCCCCACAUGCCCUUGAUGUACAUCACCUACAGUGUUUUAUUUGGUUUUAGCUCUAGUUGCUGUUAUUUUUCUUCUUUGAACGUGCUCAUAAUUUAUUUCAACAAAAAUCUCGCCUUGGCCAAUGGAAUCGCAACGGCAGGCGCCGGAGCGGGAACGAUGUCACUCAGCUUAAUGAUUGACAAGUUAAUAUCUACCUAUGGUUUUAGGAUCGCUCUCCGCAGCUUGGCGGCGUUAUCCGUUUUGCUUUUCAUAGCUGGUCUUACGUUUUUACCCGUGGACUUCAGGGAGGAAGAGGAGUGUCUAAAUAAAACAAAAAUUAAAGAACAAGAACUGAUGAAAGCAAAAGACAAAAUAAUUUCCAGAAUCAGAGAACUACUGAAACCAUCUCCUGUGUGGAGAAGUAAAGCUUUUGUCGUGUGGGCAGUAGCCAUGUCUAUGACUCUCAUCGCCUACUAUAUUCCUUACAUGUACCUUGUAAGUAUUUCCAUUUUAACCUAGUAUCCGUUAACAGCAAAAACCACACCUGCUAGUCUUGGAUUCUGGAUUCCACGCAGUGGAUUCCGGAUUACCUUACAUGGGACGAAUCAUUUCAGAAUACACUUGAACUUCUCUACAACGGCCACCUUGGGAACAGAAGAAAGUGGCCGUUGUAGAGAGGUUGAAACAAGAGCGAAUGUAUGGACUGUACGCCGAAACAAAUGGCCGUUGUUGGAGGGUGGCCAUUAUUGGAGAUUCGAUGGUUAAUGUAGAAAAAAUGUUCUGCAUACGAACGAAACAGUGGCGGAGGAGGGGAUUGGGGGCAUGAGACCCGGGUCUCUAUGCACCUUAAUUUAGGCUAACUCAUUUUUUGACAAGUUCUUAUUGAAAUCAUUCUUUUCUACAGAUUCGCCUGGCAGAGAGCAUUGGAAUUCCCUCCAGUCAAGGCGCUCUGCUGGUCGGCUACUUCGCUUUGGCUCAAACGGUUGGCAAGAUUCUCUUCGGCAAACUUGGAGACUCAUCCCGAAUAAGUCGUCUGACUCUGGCUCAAAUAUCUCUAUUGGUAAUUGGGGUAGCAGCAUGUCUGUGCCCAUUGGCCCGAUCUCAUACGGCCUUACUCACGUACUCUCUGGUGUCGGGCCUAUUCGAUGGUUGCCUUUGUGUAAUGAUUGGCUUGGUGACUCAUGACAUCGUGGGACGGGGGAUGAUGGCCAAAGCUGUGGGGACACUCUUUGGAAUAGUAGCGAUCCCAAUGGCAAUAGGACCUCCCAUGGCAGGUACAUAUCCCUUUUACUGCUACGAGCGUCGUCUUAGUUUAGGACCUGGGACCUGACUAAGAGCGAAGCGGGGGACUAGGGAUGGGUACAGAGUGGCCAUCCCUCUUUCUUCUUAAUACCCCGCUCGGUUCACCUCUUUCUUCGUGCUCGCCCCGUUCUUCGCCCUAUUUCUCAGUCCUAUAAGUACCCCUAUAAGGAGCCUUGUCCCAGGCUAGCAUCGUCUUGGCAAGUUACCUGUUACGAGAGAAAGUCUCACAGCACCAAAAGUGAUAGAAGCCUUUUUGGAUUUUAAGUUGCAUGCUUGAGAUUUACUUAAGUGGCAGGUAGCUCCAAAUAUAAAGUUGACUUUGUGAUUGUUUAAAUUUUUUUUCUAUUUUUUCUUUAUAGUGUAUAUGACACCAAGAGUGUAAGAUACCGUAAAAUUCCGAAUUUGAAGGGGCUUUUAUACAGACUGAGGGAAAUUUGCGUCUCAAAAUCGAUUGGCUAGCUCAUUUGGAAGUGAAAUUUAUGUCAGUAAUUUGCAGAAGGUUUUCUCCGAGGACGUAGAUGUUUUUAAAACUCAUCCAUGCAAGUACUCUGUCUAUAUGUACCGAGGAAAUCCAAGCCAAGAGUGAACUACGCAAACAGCAAUAUACUGUGACACUUUUUGACGGCAAUCAUUUGUUGCAACAAGUAAUAGUUCUUAAGCAGAUGCAAAAAUUUAUGUGUCACUGUACAGUUUUUGCUGUGUUUUAUUUUGAAUUUAAGGGCAGUUUCCUAGCACGAGCUCCCGGCGGCUUAUAUUUGGUGGGGCGAUUUAACGAAGGGUUUUUUGCGUUACGAGUCUGGGGGGUUAAUAUUUGGAGGGGUUUUAUACAUGAAGGGGCUUACUUUCGGAAUUUUACGGUAUGUAUCCGAAAUUGAAACUUGUCAAUAAUCUUGCAAAACCAAUGUUUCGUCUUCAAAACACAGGAAUUUGCCUUCAAAAAUGUCCGCCCUAUCGCGCGGCCAAAUUGACAAGUAUGACGUAGAAUGAUUUGCAAGAUCAAAGUACAUAGCAAUGACCAAAAUCGGAAGCGAAGGCUGAGUCAACUAACUGACGUCACCUAACGUCAGCAGCCUUUCUUUGAUAGUCUACUCCUUUCCAGUCGUUCGAAGCAGUUCUUGGAUGGCCAAAAACUAAGAAAUCAUUUUUGGAGUCAUAGUUUUAAAGUUCACAACUGUUAAUUAAACUUAUCUAUGGACCAAAAUAGGUUUAAAAAAUUCUCGUGUCAUAUACAAUUUAAUGCACAGACAUUGAGUAAAGAUUAAUUAAUAUUUUCACCUUUCGUUCUCGUCUCUAGACAUGCUCAAAGAGCACGGAGAACCAGGGAUGCUGCCUUCUAAUGAGGGUAUCUAAGCUCGACGGAGCCGAAUGGAAAUUCUAGUGGAGGCGAUUGGAACGAUAUGGAUCAGGCCUAACCCAGCAUUGUUCUUCAUUUUUGUUCAUAUUUUUCAGGUCUGCUCUAUGACAGUACAGGCAGCUACAAUAUAGUGUUCUUCCUGUCCAGCGGACUCGUCAUUGGUGGCAGCUGCAUCAUGUUCCUCGUCCCCAUUCUUGUCCCUUCUAGGAAAACCCAGCAAAGAGUCUUCCUUCCCGAGAUAACUGUCUCAGCAAAGAAUGUUAUUGACGUAGAGGAUGAUUUUUUUGAUAAUCAGAAAGCCAAAUUAACUUCUCAAGUCUCGCUGGAAAGUUUCCCUGAAGAAUUCAACGGAAGUCGUUUACAUGUGGACAGAUUGAACUUGGGAUCACGCCCAAGCAGUUUCAUAUUGUUUUCAAUUGUUCCCGAGGGGAGUUUUCGGGAUCUAUCCCUGUUAAAUGAACGAUACUCCAACAGCAGAGAAGCCAGUCACACAUCCCUGGCAAGACUGUCCGAAAUAAGAGUUGACAGUCGCGUAAACAGUUGUUUAAAGUUAGAGCCUGUUGCAGAGGCGGAAACGUCGGGGACAAGCGCGGAGUCUCUCGAGCUUAUAACUGAACCCCUGGUUGAAGUCGAGCUGGUAACAAAUAAAUCGUUUGAAAGCCUCAAGAAUGCACGUUAUAACGAGCAAGAAGCUGGACAGGUGAUUGGUACUUCAGACUAUGACAGCAAAGAUAAUCUUCCUUAUAUCACAAUUUCCAAGUCUACAGAGAGCGGGUUCGUAUCCGAGGAGUCGGAUGCAAGUCUUUAUAGUGAAAACCAUGACACUAACAAAAUUGUUUCGUCCACUUCAAACCUGGACGAAAAUCGCUUAAGUGGCUACUCAUGGAAUUCAACUGGUAGUGAUCUCUCAUGGAAGACGCAGAGUUUGGACCUGGUACUAAAAGACAAUACUGAAAAGAAUAAUAAAAUAAACACUGAUUUAUUAGAAAAUAGCCUCAAACAAGACCUAAUAACAGAGAGGAGCUACUACAGAAGCGAUACCUCGCUUACCAUAAAGGACAAUGAUCUUGAACUUUAUAGUGGUGGUGAUCACCGUGUGAAGUCGCUGAUGGUUGAGGGACCACCAAUCAACGAGCCGGAUCCUCCAGUCUGCUUCAUUACGUAUGAGGAUAAGUCAACGUGCGCAGGAGAAGAGGAGGAAAGUGACUUUUCCGGUAAGGCUGUUGCCUUAGUUAAAGAGUUAACCCAACAAAGUGAUGUUUCUAUCCCUGAGUUACCUCUAGCGCCCGAUUAUUACAGUGAAAUGUUUGAAGGGAUAUUGGAAGAGGUUAACGAAUAUGUCGAGUGUUUCUCGGAGUUGUCCAGUUUCCAGGACGCGCUUAAAACAUGGCCAAAAGUUAGUGUGACAGAUCUUUCCUUGUGUGAACGAGAAACGGUAGUGUAAAUCAAAUGGACAGGCCAGUGUAAACCCAAUAGAAACGCUAGUAUAAACCAAAUUAUACUAACUGAGUGCAAAGUGGCAACACCCACUACUAGCGCUUAGGAACAAGUUGACAAACAGUCAUCAACCACCUGGUCUCAUAAACCGUCUGCUAAGUAACAUAACUAUUCAAUACUGGGUGGAAGGCCCCUCAGUUUGUUCGGAGAAAUCACAUAACAAGUUGAUUGGACAAAACAGUCGAAUAAUGAUAUUUGACAGAUUAAAUUAAGUAUAUCAAACCUUAAAAUGAAAAGUCUCCUAAUUAUACACAACGGUAUUCUAAUAUUGGUCUUAUCGUGUCCUAUAUUCUUGGAGCGAAACUAUAGAUACGCGAAGAAACCUCCGACAAUGAAUCUCUUGUUAUGAUGAUACUGAUUAUAUAGAGAAAUAAACCGAGCUUAAAUUACGCGAAAGGAAGUAUUUUACUUUCCACUGAAAAACAAAUCAUGUCGACUGAUUUUUCAAAACGUCGCAAACCAUAUUUGCUGAUGCGAACUAAUUAAGAAAUAAAGUUAACGCUUAUGGCUCCUGAAGAAGGUCAAUUAAAAGCGUGCAGACUGAGAGCCACAUCUCCCCGUGCAAUAAGUUUACUAUGUUUAGGAUGUGUUCGAUUGAUAAUUUUCCGAAAUAAGAACAAAUGAAAUUCCUUGUUUUGGCAUUCAUUACAUCGCAACAUCUAGAAAUCUACUUGAACUGAAUUGGUAACAACGUUUUUGUGUAUUCUUAUUUCGGAAUACGAUCAGUCGUACACACCCUUCUAUAGGCGAAUCUUUGUUUACAUUUUUUGCCUCAUUUAGAUAUACUCAUCAUUAUCUGAUGAAGCUAAUAAAAUAAAACCUCUGAAUAUUGAAAGAGCAUAACAAUUUCAGUUAUCUCUGAAAAUAUGAGCCCGAUAUACCGAAUGGUUUCGGAGAAAUUCUCUUUUAAAAAGUCGAAAUUUUACUAAGAAUGUAUGACUCGCUAAUUGCCACCUAGCAGUUUAAUUCGUAGUUUUCGAU